AUGAAUGCUACUACAUCUUCAAGUUAUCAAUCAGUACCUUUGCGUCCAUUACCGAUCAAGAAUAAUUCAUUAUUAGAGCCAUUUUCGGUAGCACUGCCAGCAACAAUUACCAAAAAAGUAUUGAAAAGGACAGCGAAACGUUUAGAUGAAGCGGGCAAGAAGGCAAGAAUUCUCGAGAAUGCCAUAAACAAUAUCGCACAACGAAGUAUCAGAAAUCGGUCAAUAUUUCAUUCAGCUGAGCAAUUAGCACAAUCUGGAUAA